UAUUCCUUGAUGACCACAGCGCUGGUGGGGAGAACGAUGGAACAGAAGCCAUUCCCAGUGUGUCAGUCACUAGCAUAGCUCACUCAUAGUUGGUCUUAUGGAUAUCUAGAUAACACAGUCUACAGUAGGGAUAGCAGCGGAUAGCUCAUGUGCCUAGGAUUGGGCGUGUGGUGGCUCAUGUUCAAUUGAAUCUUUUAAGGCUCCCAGACAGUGAGCGAGCUAGCACAAGGAUGAGUGACUGGGGCGUGGCACUGUUGGUGAUCGUCAUCUGUGCUGUGGUGGCGGUGGCAGCAGCGGUGUUGUUCAGGCUGUUCGGCAUCUACCAUCUAGCAGCGUGCUUCGCCAGUGACGAGGAGAAGGCGGUGCUGACAAAGAACGAGCAGGGAAAUGGCUAUAUGGUGAACCAUUCCGAAAGCGCUGAGUUCGUUCUGGACACGAGUGGGAAGUUUGUACAGUAUGACACGCUCAAUUCGGACCCGAAGUACCUCAACCUCGAAGCGGGCAAGGUUGCCAAGCAGGAAAGUGUUGACAGGACCAGCCCGGUAUCCGUCGGGACGAGCUCCGUCACAUCAGAUCUUGACUUCACCCAUGCCGGUAUACGCCGAGCAGAGUCCUGUGAGAGCGUCGCAUCCGAUUCAUCUGUCCUGGAAAUGCAGCCGGAUAUGCCAAAAAUUGGCCAGCUGGAGUUUGCCCUGGAAUACGACAGAGAAGUCUCGGAGCUGAUUAUCAGCAUCAUCCAAUGUCGGGAUCUGGCUGCCAACCAGUACUCUGGGACUCUGGACACCUACAUCCGUGGAGUGUUGCUUCCUGACUCCGGGGCAAAGUUCCAGACAAAGACCAUUAAACACUCUACAGACCCCGUGUACAAGGAGCGCUAUCUGUUCACCAUAGAAUCGGAACAUCUGGACAGAAGGAUGCUACAGUUCCAGGUGUAUGCAGUGGACAAAUAUGCCCGUCAGAAGGUGAUAGGAGAGGCAGAUAUCCGAGUCGGGGACGUCGACCUCAAUAUGCCCAUCAAGAUGUGGCUCAAUCUCAGAGAUAUUGCUGAAGAGAAACCAACUGAGUACGGUGACAUCCUGUUCUCGCUGAGCUACCUGCCAACCGCCGAGCGGCUGACCAUUGUCAUCGUGAAGGCCAGGAACCUCAAGUGGAGAGAGCACAAGGACAGCGGAGAUCCUUUCGUGAAGGUAUAUCUGAUGCAGAAUGGCAAGAAGAUCUCCAAGAAGAAGACGACUGUGAAACGAGGAGAGAAAAACCCUAUAUUCAACGAGGCCAUGAUUUUCUCAGUACCUUCCACUGCUUUACCGACUGUCCAGCUCCGAAUAACAGUUGCUGAGUUUCUCCCCGACAAUCGAACGCCAUCAUUAGGCCACGUGAUCGUGGGAGCAAACACUUCAGGAACGGAAUUAUCCCACUGGAAUCAAAUGAUGACAUCCCUACGAAAACCUGUGGCCAUGUGGCACUAUCUAAGGAAAUAAAAUCCCGUGACAUUUACUCACUGGAUGAUCAAAUAUGAAUGGAUAGCUGAAGAGGACUAAAGUAGAAACAGUGGUUUGGCAAAUGGCAUCAGGUGGAGAACAGGCCAACAGAGGGGAGAAAAGCAUUGCGCAAGAUGGUCCAAAGGGACACUGAGACGAUUGUCGUGUCAUAAGGUGCGGAGAAACAGAUGUCGUUUGACUGUCAAUGUACCUCAUGAUACAUUGGUCAAGAUAUGACUGUAUACAUUUCUUAGUCAAAGCCGUAAGGUAUUGAUAUUGCAAGGGAAACAUACUUCUAAAAACAAUUGGAGACGUGAAAUCAAAAUUAGAUCAUACAACAGUGAUAAUUUAAUUGAUUGUCUGGGUUUUGUUGAA